AUGGCAGCUUCUAAGCAGAAGCCGCUGUUCCACGAUAUCAACUUUACUUUGAUCAGAGGUUCGCAGUUUUCUGGGGAUGAAUAUGAUAAAGUCAGACAGCAUCUUCUUGACCACGGCGGCGUUGAGGUCGAGCUUGAGCCUAGCUCCCAAGGCGUGCCUACCAUCAACCUCGAAGACACUACGCAUAUAAUCUCCCCGGACAUCGAAUUCGCCGAAUUUUCCGAACUCGAACGCCGAAGGCUUGCUGGCGAAAUCGACCAGCGAAUGCUAACGGUUACUAAACCCUCGUGGGUUUACGAUUCCAUUGCGAAGAAGAGGACUCAGAAUGUACGAGCGUACAACGCUGAUCCGAGGAUGAUAUUUUCCGGGAUUGAUGCGGUUAUUGCGGAUUUGCCGGAAGGAGACAGUGAAGCUAUUUGUGGUGGAAUAUUGGCUAUGGGUGGGUUGUAUAAGACUCAUUUAUCGAAGUUGACGACGCAUAUCGUUGCUUUGACACUUGAUAAUGAAAUCUGCAAGACGGCUUUGGAGAAGGGGCUGGCGGCUAAGAUUGUUAUGCCACAUUGGUUCGAUGAUUGUCUAAAGUUGAACCGCAGAAUAGACGAAACCCCAUACCUACUACCCAAUGCCGACAUAAUGACGAUGAAAGCUAGCGACCCUCUACCCUACCCCAGCAUCAACCUUACUCACACCCACGACCACCGCGAAAAGCUAGAAGUUGACCCUAAGUACAUGCGACGCGAGACUGUGAUAUUUACAGGGAAGAACUUCUUCUUCAGCGGCGAGUUAGGCUUGAACGAAAAGUUGUUAAAGAUCAUAACGGAUAUAGUUAUCCAAGGGAGCGGGAAGAUAGCUACAGAUAUUAAGAAUGCCAAUGUGCUGGUUUGCCCGUGGAGACAUGGAGAUGAUUAUAUCUAUGCUAGUCGGAAAGGGAUUGAUGUUGGGAAUCUAACCUGGUUGUAUUGGAUGACGACAAGGUUGGAGUGGGUUUCGCCUAGGAAGUUCUUACUACAUUAUCCUAGAGCUAAGAUCCCUAUUCCUGGAAUGGAAGAGAUGAUAAUAUCGGUUUCAAAUUACAACGGUGACGCCCGGAUGUAUCUUGAGAACCUGAUAGAAGCCGCCGGUGCAACCUUCACUCGAGCACUGAAACCCGAAAACACACAUCUUAUCACAGCUAGAGAUCACUCCGACAAAGUCGAUGCUGCGAGGGAAUGGAAUACGAACAUCGUCAACCACCUAUGGCUGGAGGAGAGUUAUGCGAAGUGGGAAAUGCAGACGCUUACAAAUCCGAAAUAUACGACAUUUCCAAAGCGUACAAAUCUUAUGGAAAUAGUUGGACAGACGAGGAUAGACUUGGAAGCGAUUUCUCAUGUGUUUUUCCCGAUGGAUGAAGAAGAAGAGGAUGAAGAGGAAGCUGAUAAGGAUGAAGACGUAGAGAUGGCGGAUGUAGAUGCAGAUGCGGACGCUAAGAAGGCAAAGGGGAAAGGAAAGGCAAAGGCGGAGGAGGAAGAAGAAAGGGAAGAGGAGGAAGAGGAGGAAGAAGUCGAGAAGAGGCCCGCGAGGAAGGCUGGUAGACCAAAAGGAUCAAAAUCGACAUUCAACGAGGACCCGGCUGAGACUCCACGGGGUAAUAGAAGGGUAUCCGCACUAUUAGAGACCCCAAAGACGACAAUCCUCGGCAGCUCUCCACCCUUAUCAACGGGAAGUAGAAAGGCAAAGGAAAGUGCGACGAAAAAACUUCACGAAAUUAUGCCGGACGUACUGAAGUUCGAGAAGGAGAAAAAGAGGAAGGGUGGUGUCACGCAUGGUGGCAGACGGAGCCACACUCCCGAUGUUGACACUAGUAAAGGGUCCAAAAAGAGAAGCUUGCCAGAAGAGCCAGAGCCAGAGCCUAUGGAUGAGGACGAAAGGCCUGAGAAGCCAAAGAAGCAGAAGAAGAAAUCGAUGGAGAAAGUCGUUAUUUCGGUAUAUCUGCUCUUGACCUCUCACCAGGCGUGGAUUGACCGUCCAAGUAGGGAAGAAAACGAUAAGAGGGCACUACGAGAAAUUGGCAUUCAGUGUAUAGAAAACCCGGACGCCCAUGUCACACAUGUAUGCGCACCUCGUGUCGUCCGAACCGAAAAGUUUGUCUGUGCAUUGGCUAGGGCGCCCAUCAUCGUGAACUCCAACUGGGUCGAUGAGUGCCUGAAGCAGAAGGCGAUCGUUGAUACAAAACCGUACCUUCUCAAGGAUGCAGAAGGAGAAAAGAAACUAAAGAUGAACCUCAAAGAAUCGCUGGAGAGGGCGAAAGAAAACGAAGGGAAAUUAUUGGAAGGGUUGACUGUCUAUAUCACGCCAAACGUCUCCCCCGGGUUCGAGACCUUCAAGAAGAUUGUAGAAGCAAAUUCUGGGUCAGCAUUAUCAUUUAAGGCCGCAAAGCGAGGUGGAAUCGCAGCGAAUAAAGAUGCAUCGACAUCAAAGAGGCUCGUCCUGGUCUCCGCGGCGAAAGACGAUAAACUGUGGCCCGGGUUCAAGAGAGUAGCGAAGGAGUCAGGGUGGGAUCCUUUAGUCUACAGCACAGAUUGGCUGUUGGAUGCCGCCAUGACCCAGAAACUGGUAUGGUCUGAUAAGUUCAACCUAUCGAAGUAA